AUGGACGAUGCGCAGACGCGCGAUGGCGACGAACUUCUCGAUGGCGAUCUUCUCGACGCCAUCGCCUUGGACGCGGGGCUCGCCGAUGAAUGGGACGACGUCGAGGACGAUUCGCCGACGGACGCGGGAGAUUACGACUUUACUAUUGACGCGGACAAGGAAUCGUUCGCCAAAUACGUCACGCGUGGGCGCAGCGGGUGUUUACCGCACGAGGAAUACUAUGCACCCAUCGACGCCGAAAAGGUACACGCCGCGGCUGAGACAUUGGAUGACGUUAUGUCCCGCGUCAAGUCGGAGAUGGUUGACAGGACACUCCAUGGAAAACGGAGAAAACGCGCAUUCUGGGAAGUUGUUGAAGCGCUUCGCGAGCUCGUACGAGGCUUUGGACUCGAGUUCACUGAACCAGUCAUUGGAAAAGGGUGGAAAUUUGAUCGAAAAGGCGCACUCAUCCUCGGACAUUUCAUGUCAGACGUUGCGGCACAUGACUCAAAGAAUUUAAAAAAAACGCAUGUGAUCAAUACGGCAGCGCAUGGUCGGAUAACCGCGGUCGUCGCACGAGUGUGGAACGAAUGGAAGAGAGCGCUUGGAGAUCACGUUUGGGAGCGGGUAACUAUUUGGAAUGUGACCCCGUACAAGGCGCACGCCCAUGCGGACAGCGUCUCGGGCCAUAAAGGUAAGCCCCUCGUAUCAUCGGAGAUGAUGGCGAUGUCUGAAUUUCUGAUGAUUGAACAAUCGGUUCGCCUCGCUGUUUUACUCCUUGGUUGUCAUACCAUCGUGACAUUCGGCGAGCGAGCGGCUGACUUCAUAGAGCGCAGCAAACGGGUUGCGCCUCUCGCUCUCGCCACGACAUUGAAUACAGCGACGAGCCAUAUAUGCUAUCUUCGGGCACGCGGAGUAAAACGUGAAAAGGGGCACGAAACCCGCGUUUUCGUUCGCAAAGAGCAUUACGCAGCGUUUGGCAAAGCAGUGGAUGACAUCCUUGCCGUGCCGGCGUUUUCGGCUCAGGUCGGUGGAACAACCGCCGUCGACGCCGAGACACGUGGGACGACUGCGGCGAAAGCUUUCAUGGAACGCACCAUGCAGAAAAUGGAUGUGAAAGAGAUUGGUGGCGAAUUUCACGCGUACACGCGCGAAGAGGCGAAAGAGCGCCAGAAAAAGCGAGCCAGGGAAUAUGCACACGAAUCAUGCACUAACUGUUUUCUCGGGGGACCGCAAACCAAAAUCAAACGACUGACGUACAUCGUCGCGAAGCGCCGCUUCAGUUCUCGAAUUCCCCAAGAUCGGCAAACGGCUGGUAAUUUUCUAGCCUGGCAUUCGUCCAAAUUCAGCAAUACGAAAAGGAAUCGCUUGGAUACUCGCGUGCCAUAUAAGAGGUCGGAUGCGAAAAACUUUUUGGCUUGGAGCCCGCGGAAAUUCAACAGUACGAAAAGGAAUCGCUUGGAUACUCGCGUGCCAUAUAAGAGGUCGGAUGCGAAAAACUUUUUGGCUUGGAGCCAUUCGAAAUUCAACAGUACGAAAACGAAUCGCUUGGAUACUCGCGUGCCAUAUAAGAGGUCGGGUGCGAAAAACUUUUUGGCUUGGAGCCAUUCGAAAUUCAGCAAUACGAAAAGGAAUCGCUUGGAUACUCGCGUUCCACAUAAGAGGUCGGAUGCGAAAAACUUUUUGGCUUGGAGCCCGCGGAAAUUCAACAGUACGAAAAGGAAUCGCUUGGAUACUCGCGUGCCAUAUAAGAGGUCGGAUGCGAAAAACUUUUUGGCUUGGAGCCAUUCGAAAUUCAACAGUACGAAAACGAAUCGCUUGGAUACUCGCGUGCCAUAUAAGAGGUCGGGUGCGAAAAACUUUUUGGCUUGGAGCCCGCGGAAAUUCGACAGUACGAAAAGGAAUCGCUUGGAUACUCGCGUGCCAUAUAAGAGGUCGGAUGCGAAAAACUUUUUGGCUUGGAGCCCGAAGAAAUUCAACAGUACGAAAACGAAUCGCUUGGAUACUCGCGUGCCAUAUAAGAGGUCGGAUGCGAAAAACUUUUUGGCUUGGAGCCCGAAGAAAUUCAACAGUACGAAAAGGAGUCGCUUGGAUACUCGCGUGCCAUAUAAGAGGUCGGAUGCGAAAAACUUUUUGGCUUGGGGCCCGAAGAAAUUCAACAGUAAGAAAAGGAGUCGCUUGGAUACUCGCGUGCCACGUGUAAUACUGGAGUACUGUUAG